AUAUGUACACGGUUGUACAGAGAGCGCUUCGCACUUGGCUCGGCUAAAAGCGGCCCAUGAUACCUCUCCGUCUUCUCUCUGGUGGUACAAACAAUGUCGUGCUUUUUCGAAUGUCUUCUAUAUACCAGUGUUAAUUUAUAAAGAAUAUGCAAAUUGUACUUAAUAAAGAACAAGUUAUAUUUUAAUAUUGAUAUCAAAAUGGAUAAAUCUACUAUAGAAACUUUCCUGAAAUUAAAAUCAUGUUGUAAUAAUUUGAUGGAAAAUCCAAAGAAAGACAAUGUAUAUAAAUUUAUGGAAAUAAUAAGUAAUAACUCCAACGUAGCCGUGCAACACCUGUCGGAUUAUUGUUUAUGUUCUACUAUCAUCUCUUUACAGAUCAAGGACUUAAGCAAAGAUAAAAAAGAAGAAUUGCUAAGAAUUCUGAGACUUAUAUUACAAAGACACAAAAUUAAAAAUUUAGAGAAUUUUAAUUAUAUUUACACAACUGUCCUGAUUCAAAUUUAUGAUAAAAGUCAAACAAACAAAGUAAUAACAUUUCAUGAAGAACUAAAGGAAUUAGUAGCUUUAUGUAUCAAAGACAUUAUCUGUCAAAGUUUUAUUGAAGUCAUAGAGUUGCUUUAUGAUAAGAAAAAUAGAGCAACUAUUGGUCAAGGAAUAUUAUUAUGUUUAACAAUUGCAAAAACUGAAAAAUCAUCUGUUGUAAGACUAGCAGCAAUAGAUGCAAUAAUGACUUUAUGUUAUAUACAUGAUGAAAUAGAUAGAUCAGAUAUUGUUCUGCAAGAGCAAAUAGCUGAUACUAUUGUGAUAUUUCUACCUGGUAUUAUUGGCGGAUUGCAAGAGAUAAUAAUAGAAGGAGAAAUUCAGAAUCAUAAAGUUACAGUGAUGGCAAUUCGAGCAUGGGGGAGAAUUAUAUCUCUUAUAAUGCACGAUAAAGAAGAGAUUAUAUUAUCUGUAGAAGAACUCAUGAAAACAAAUAAUAAUUACAAUACUUACUUGUUGGGUACUUCAUCACAUGUUAGAAUAUUUGAUGAAAAUCUAAAACAAGAUACAAGAAACCAAAAUUGGUUUGAAACUGCAGCUAUUAAACUUGGUAGUAGUAUACAGCUCUUGGAAAAAGUUAGAAGUCAUUCUCAUUACAAAAUCAGAUUAGAGUUGGUUGAAAGUAUUAGUCUUAUAUUUAAAAACUGUUUCAGAAAUAUGAAAUCAAAUAUUAUGGCAUUAAUAGAUCAUUUGAUUUCUUUAUCUGAAGAUGAACAUAUAGAUGUUAGUACAAAAGCAAACGAUACAUUGAAUACUAUAAAAAAUGAAAACUUUAUGAAGAAUCAUAAUGUGAGAUUAAUAAAUUUAUUGGAAGAAAAAUUUUACAGUUUGCUUACAAGAUUGCCUACAAUUGUUAGAUGGUCAAGUGAUGAUGAACAAUUAGCAUCUUUGAAUCAAUUUGCUGGUUAUUUAAAACUACUUGGAGAGCAAAAUUUGCCACAUGUAUUGAGCUCUCAAGCUCAUAUAAGAAAAUUACUUUUAGCUCUCGUAUAUAUUAUGGAAAUAGAUUGCAACGCAAUAUCUGUUUUACAGACAAUAAAUGUAAAAGAUUUAGAUGACCCUGCAUAUUUUUAUGGAUCGGAUUCAUGGAAACAAUUUAAGUUUAUUAAAAAUAACUCAUGUAAAGAAAAAGUUGUUGAUAUAUGCAAGCUACUUGGACAGUUUGGAGAUUUUAAUGUAUUAGCUGAUGCUAUACUCGAGUUUAUGUCAGAUGCACCAUCAUACAGAAAAGAAUUGAGUUUGUUACUUAAUUGGAUUUUAGUUUCUGUCAAAAAUUCGUCUGCUUUACAUUUAUAUAAGGAAAUUGUAAAUUUUUACACGUCAGAGGAGAUGUGGUAUUUGCCCAUAGAAGUAACAGAAGUAACUUCUUUGACACAAGCACAGAGUAACAUAGUGCAUUGUUGUCUUUUAAUGGAAGGACUAGACUGUAUAGCAAAUAAUUUACAACGUGAAUAUGAUACAUAUCUUUUAAAAACUUUAUAUUUAAUUAUGGAAAGAGCAGGUAGUGGAAACAGUUUGAUCAGUUAUAUAGGAAUUCGUACUCUUGAAAUUAUCGCAAAAUCGCAACAACAUAAGACAAUCGGUGACCUAUUACGUGCAAACGUAGAUUAUUUUUCUUUUCACAUUAUAAUAAAAUUACGUCAAAUGGAACUUGAUACUGGAGUACUCGAUGUUGUCGAAGUUGUUAUGAAAUACAGUGAUUUAGAUUUUUUACCAUAUCUGCAGGGAAUUGUGGAAGAUACACUCAGACAAUUAAGUAAUCCUUUUCAGCAAAAGAAUAUUUAUUGCUUCUUAAGGAUAUUUUAUGCAUUUAUCGUGUGUAUAAAAAUGAUAUUGAAAUGCGAAGAUGUGAAAGUAACAAAAAAAGACACACAAAUUACAAAUAACUGUUCUGAGACGAUUAUUCAGUCUUUGCUCGAAUACUACAAUGCUAAAAAUAUUGAUAAGAAAUUAGAAAACAAUAUUGAAGAAGAAACAGAAUUGGAUGCAGAUCUAUCAAAAAUCGAUCCAUCAAAUAAAUCAAACGAAGAUCAUACUGAUAUCAAAGAAGAUAAGCAAGAAGACAAAAAAUUGCCCACUCACAUAAAGAUAAUAAUAAAGAUCAUGAAAAGUUGUUUAAACUUUUUACCAUUGAAUGACGUACAAAUAUCAUUAAUGGCGAUGCAAACGCUUCAAACUGGUCUAAUAAUGUUGGUUGAAUGGGAAGAUGAGCUAUUACCUAUUGUGCAUCAACUGUGGCAUCCAUUGACUGAUAGGUUUAAUGAUAAAAAUGUUAUCGUGAUCAAUCGUGCUUGGCAACUUUUGCAUGUACUUGCCAGCAUAUCCAAUGAUUUUAUCAGAAACAGAACUCUACGAGACGUACUGCCGUCCGUAUCUAAAUUUCUGAUUGAAUCUUCUAAGGAAAGUAUUAAUAAAAGAUCUAAAAAUAUCUAUAAAUUUACGCAAACCUACAAAUUGCAAUACGAGUUAUUGUACACAUUAGGAGUGGUUACACGACUUUUAGGACUACGUGAACAAGAAUUAUGGAGAAUAUUAAGUGAUACACAAUUUUAUCUUAGUGCACGCCAAAACCCUACGUUACAAGCAUCCUGUGUCCAAUUAUAUAAGGAAAUUGCUGAUUAUAAUGGAGAUAUUGUAUGGGUGAAAUGCCUCAGUAUUUGGAAUUCAAAUGUUGAGAAAAUAGUAUCGGAUGUAACAUUUGAUAUCAAAGAUAUACUGAAUCCAACAAACGUUGCAAAGUCAAACGAAUAUUAUAAAAAUAUACAAGAAAUUAUUACUUAUAUCGAAGAAAAAACAUCUAACAUUUGUUAAAAAAAUAUAUAUAUUGGUACCUUUAUAGGAGAAGUUAUUUUACAAGAUUUGUAUAUAAACGUACAAUGACAUCAUAAUAGAAGAAAAAUAUUGAAAAAUAUACUUUUCCUUAUGUUUCUCAAACAACAAUUUAAAGUUAAUUAUGCAUUAUUCUUUA